AUGUUGCUGCUCAGACUGACCCUUAGCCUGGUCCUCCUUGGCUCCUCCUGGGGCUGCGGCGUUCCUGCCAUUAAACCAGCACUGCACUUCAGCCAGAGGACGGUCAAUGGGAAGAAUGCAGUGCCGGGCUCCUGGCCCUGGGAGGUGUCCCGGCAGGACAGCAAAGGCUUCUGCUUCUGCAGUGGGUCCCUCAUUGGCCAGUCCUGGGUGGUCACGGCUGCCCACUGCAAUGCCGUGGGUGUCCCUGGCUGCCACUUUGUCAUCCUGGGUGAGUACGACCGAGCAUCCGGGGCUCCGCCUUUGCAAGUCUACCUGUGCCCACGCCCAUCCUACAUGGCCCCUUCCUGGAAUCCCACCACCAUGAACAAUGAUCUCACAUUACUGACACUCGCCUCCCCAGCCCAGUACACAAUGUGCAUCUCACCAGUUUGCCUGGCUUCCUCAAAUGAGGCACUGCCUGAAGGCCUCACAUGGCCGGCUGGGUGCCUCAGUGGUGUAGGCAGUGUGACUCGGGCACACCUGCGGUGGCUGGUUCUGCCCCUGGUCACCGUGAGAUGGUGCCAGCAGUACUGGGGCUCAUGCAUCACCAGCUCCAUGAUCUGUGCAGGGGCCUCCUUGUGCCAGGGUGAUUCUGGAGGCCUGCUUGUCUGCCAGAAGGGGAACACAUGGGUGCUCACUGACACUAUCUCCUGGAGCACCAGUGACUGCAGUGUGCCCACGCCUGCCACGUGCACUCAGGUCAGCAGGUUCAGUGCCUGAGAUAAAAGGAGGGCACAGUGGGCAUUCCUAGGCGGUCCACACUUGUGCCUGACACUAGAUGGCGCCUUCGUGCAGCUGCAGAGGAGGGAAGAGCAGCGCCUGAAGUGA